AUGCUUGAAGGAUCAUUAACGAAAGACUCUUGGGCUGAUGAAAUCUUCAAAGAGGUACUUGAUUACUAAAUAUAUUUAGAAAAAUAAAGAUUAGCCCUUUAAUAAAAUUAAUUUUUUAUUAAUAUAGGAUUUUCUUAACUUUUUCCUCUCAAUGUUAAUGACUGAGAUGCAUGCUUAUUAUUGA